CAAUAACCUCGAAACUUUCCAUCUCAAAAAUUAAUCGCUCAGACAAUUAGUUGUGAACGAGCCCGUGUUUUUGUUGGCACACUUUAUAUAUCGUUUUCACUUUUCGACAUUUUAAUUAGAACAAUGACGCUAGUUCAACUUGCACGGGACACUCGAUACUUCGGGAGGGCUGGUCAGUUUUCUAACCCAUUUUGACACGUCUCCUGUAUGCCUUCUGUUAUGGUGCUUUGUUCGGGUAAGGUUCUGCUUUGGGCAUAACGUUGGGUCAGCUUUUGUCAACUUGACACCAAAGUGAAGCUAUGGUCUCGAGCUAAAGCCCCCCCCCCAGCUCCCUCCCUCAGUCCCUCGGACUUCAAUGAGUUACUGGGUAUCACCAUGCCGAGCCGGACGAGGUCUCCGCCGCUGGCGGUGGCCGUGCUGGUAGCCCUGUGGGUCGGCGCUCCCGGGACUUUCGGGUCGGCAUGCGACAAUGGAAAGCUCUCCGUGGACAGGGAUCUGCCGGCGGAUGCUGUUUAUCCGGACUGUGGAGUCGCCGCCUGGCCAGAGUCUCCUCAGAUGCUUCCUAGUAUUGACACCGCCUAUGAACCAGAGCCAGCCAGAACGGUAUGCAUGGAUAAGCCCAUCUCCUAUGCCCACACCAUUCCCAACAGCGGAGCCUUCAGACCAGUGAGGGCAGAGAGCGGGGAGUACGUGUACUGUCCUCCUCAGCGGUGGCUCAACAACCUGCACAAUGGGGACACCGUCUUGCUCCACCAUCCUUGCGCCCCGCCCCAUGAGCGCCAGCUGCUAUCCAGGUUGGCCCGCUCCUGUCUGCCCAGCGGCUACAUCCUGACCCCGCACCCCCAGCUGAACACACACAGGCCCAUAGCUCUGGUGUCGUGGGGCCUCACUUUGGAGCUGGACACCGCAGCCUCUUUAGACGUCUGCGCUUGGCUGCAGGCCACACAAAGCAGAGGAAGUAAGAAGAACGAUGUGGCCCAGACCAUGAAGUACGACCUCCUGUUGACCAGUGCGGCGGGGCUGCGUGAGCCGGAGGCAGAAACAAAAAUGAAGGGCUCUUUGCGGCAAUGCUGUGAGAAGGUUGUCUCCUCUCUUCUGAGAGGAUCCACAGAGGCGCAGCCCACCGCGGAGGAGGAACGGUCGAGACCCGAGGAAAGCAAAAGCAGGGAGAUCAGGGCCGCCGUGGGGGAGGGAGGAGAGCAGAGCAGCGCCGCCGCUCAAACCCGCCACAACGGCAGCAGUCUGCUUGGAUCUUUAGUUGAUUCAUCUACAGGGAAAAAGAACUCUUCAGAUUCGUCUUUUCAGAAACCUGAGCUUCGACGUGGAAUCCAGAAACAAGAAGACUUCACGCACAGACCCACAGCCGGUUUUGCUUCGGUGCAAACGGAGCCGGCAGGGUCCAGGACUUCCCCGUCUGCCAAGCAGAGCAGGAAAGAGAAAAGGCUCCACGAGGACCAGGAUGGCAGCACCAAGCAGAACGAAGCGGUGGAGGUGAAGGAGAGAGAGGUGCAGCAGAAGCAAAAGCCCAGCGCCGCGCACACUCCCCACAAAAGCCCAGACGCAGCGCCGGAGCCCGCCUCCAGAACCCAGCCGCCGCGUCCAGCAGGACCAGAGGAGCCGCUGCCGGGGGCAGUGGCCGGCAGGACGUCCGGAGCCGAGAGCGGAGCUGAGAGCGGCCUGCCCAGGACCCCCAGGACGGACGAGGCGGUGUGGGCGGCGGCGGCUCUGGGCUUCCUGCUGGUUCUCCUAACGCUGUCGGUCCUUCACACCCGCCUCUACCGCCACUGGAGGACCACGCCCAGUCUGUACUGGCACGACCCGCGGCAGGACUACGACAGCGUGGCAGAUGUGAUCCGCCGGAGGUUGCGCAUCUCAAAGAGAAGGCGGAAAAGGAGCAGGAGGCAGGAGUGUGCUCUCCUCCCGAGCUCCUCCAGCUCGGACGACUACCUGUGAAACGGACAUCCUGGAGGAGGUGACUGAGACAGCUGCGACCCGCCUGGCCUGCUUUCUGGAGACUCCGUUCCAAACGCACCGGGACACGACAGCUCAGGGUCUUUCACAGGAAGACCAGAGGCCCACAUUAAACGCACACCAGCUCAUUUAAAAGAGAUUGGAGGUAAUUCCCUGCGAUUAUUCAGCUGAAAGACUAGAAACUGAGCAUCCAGAAGCAGCCAGCUCUUCAUGUCUUUAUAAGUAGUUAUUGGUUUUAACGUGUUGCUUUUACCUGUAAAAGUUCAGAGUGGAAGUUGCUGUUGUAAGCAAUGCCGUCUGUGUUUGUGUGACUGGGAGUGGCCGUGAUCUGGUGCAGUGGUUUGAAAUGGGUUUGGAACGCACACCCACUGUCCCACGACUCAGCUCAGAGCCACGCAGUCUUUUUGUCUGCGAUACGCACAACAAACUUUUUUUUUUAUGUGAAAGAAGAGGAGAAACGUGCACAUGGGAGCAUAUUAUUUUUGCUGUGCUGUGAAUUGUGUACUGGGUCGUCAGACCCACAUCUGGGUCCGCUGGAAGGUAGAGCAAAAGGUGGUAAUUUGUUACCCAACCUACCUCACAUUGUUUAUGUUUGAGUAUUGUUACCAAAUAUUAGGUACCGAACAUGUAAAAAUUGAGAUAUGAUUCUAUUUCUAAGAGCCGAAACUGAAUUAUGGCUGGUUUUGAUAUGGAAUCUAAACGCUGGGUUUGGAAGGGGUCGCGUUUUAAUCAUGCGGUUCUGGCUGCAAGCUGAAUCUAUUGCUCCUGAAUCCAAAAGACAGCAUCUCAUCUUCCCUGUCAACGUAGGAAGUAAAUAGGGGUUUUAUUUCUUUGUGUUUUUACUAAAUGAAUAAAGUGUCUGAAAGUUUAAAAAGAACAAAG